UGUGGUUAAUUGUUCUGAGUUAUGCCAUUGCGUUGUUGGUAUCAAUUAUUCAUAUAGUGGAAACGAUACAUUAGGCAGUUGGUAAAGAAUGGCUUGAUCUGUUUUGACAGUAUCGCAUUGUCCGAAAGCACGUCACAGGCAGGAAAAAGAUCUAGAAGCAGUUUUGUUCAUUUCUCUGCAACGACCAGCAUGGCACUGAGGACGUGUUCACUGUGGCUGUUUGUCGCAUUUCUGGUAAAAACAGGACUGAGUCUGAAAUGUUACUCGUGUGAACAGACGCACGACAACCGGCUGUGUAACACGGACAAGUGGGUGGUGGACUGUCCUCAGGCUGAGAUGGACACCUGCAUGACAACCAUCGACUACGACAAGAUCCGCGAGCCGUGGCACCAGAAGAUGAAGAUAGAGAAGACGUGUUCCGUGAAGUCUGCCUGUGAGCUGGAGCAGGAGAGCGGCCUGCCAUGCUGGCGCGCAGACAUGACCGGCGACAAGUACGCAUGCGUCGACUGCUGCUGGGAGGACAAGUGUAACGUCGCCGGGGCGGUUGCCAUGACACCGCAGACGACAUUGCUGUGGGGGCUGGUGGGGGCGGUGGUUCUCGUCCUGGUUAGAAUGAAAUAAAUACUCUGUGUUUUAAGUGGUCUGUUUCACCCGAACAGCAUCCAUGAAUUUAUGUAUUAGUCAGGUGGAAUUAAGUCUCUAUAGCUAGUUACCCUUAGAAAUAUGCUACCAUAGUAACUGCUACUUUAAGUUCACUGCAACAACAACGCAUGUCUUAGGGAAGGGCUUAAACUGGGCUAACUGAGUAACCAAAUGCAUUGUGGAUUAUUGACACCAUGUUAAGAUCAUUUAGGUAUUAUUGAACGACCAUAUUCUAAUCCACGGUUAUAUGAAUAACAUCUUCAGGGCCCAUUUAAGAUUACGCCCUGGUAAAACAUUGAUAGGUAGCAAAUGCUUGAUGGUGUAAAACAAAAGAACUUCAAAUGUAUUCAACGUGUAUCAUAAAGGAUGAUAAGACAGUCAAUGACCUUGUCACUAUAAGCUGCGUUCAAUGUUUUCUGAUGUUUGUCACUUGUUGUAGAUACUUGUAAGUUAUAUAAUGUUUAACAAUGUAAAGAGUGCGUUCCCAAUUACAAUGUUAUGAAUACCA